CCGCCCCGCCGGCCCUGCGUGUCUCGCGGCUGCGCGUGGUGGAGGGCAGCCUAGCUCUGCUGAGCCCCCUUCUACCGCCCCGCCCACCCCGCUUUGCAGGCUGCUCUGGGAUUUCCCUUCGCCUCCGUUUGGGGCUGCUGUUUCGCUUCGCCGACGGGCUCAUCUGGUGCGUAUAGCUACCUCAGGCUACUGCACCCCUGUUUUUAUUUAGCUGAUACUCUAUCCCUUCGAGGUUUGGGAACCCCGCAGUCUUCUCAUCUGGUGAUGGAGCUUUCAAGUCCUUCCAGAGAGGAGUGUCCCAAGCCCCGGGACAGAGUAGGCAUCUUGGCUCCCAGCCUCAUGGGAUUGCUUCUACUUCAGGCCGUGUCGUGGGCAUCAGGUGCCCGCCCCUGCAGCCCUAAAAGCUUUGGCUACAGCUCAGUGGUCUGUGUCUGCAAUGCUACAUACUGUGACUCUCUUGACCCCCUGACCCUGCCUGACCCUGGUACCUUCAGCCGCUUUGAGAGCACACGCAGUGGGCGCCGAAUGGAGCUGAGUCUGGGGACCAUCCAGGCCAACCGCACAGGCACAGGGCUGCUAUUGACCCUGCAGCCAGAUCAGAAGUUCCAGAAAGUGAAGGGUUUUGGAGGGGCCAUGACAGAUGCUGCUGCUCUCAACAUCCUUGCCCUGUCACCUCCUGCACGGGAUUUACUACUCAAAUCGUACUUCUCUAAAGAAGGAAUCGAAUACAACAUCAUGCGGGUCCCCAUGGCCAGCUGUGACUUCUCCAUCCGCACCUACACCUAUGCUGACACCCCUGAUGACUUCCAGUUGCUCAACUUCAGCCUCCCAGAGGAAGAUGUCAAGCUCAAGAUACCCCUGAUCCACCAAGCCCUGGAGUUGGCCCAGCGCCCUGUCUCACUCUUUGCCAGUCCCUGGACAUCACCCACUUGGCUCAAGACCAAUGGGGCAGUGAAUGGGAAGGGGACACUCAAGGGUCAUCCAGGGGAUCUCUACCACCAGACCUGGGCCAGAUACUUUGUCAAGUUCCUAGAUGCCUAUGCUGAGCACAAGUUACAGUUCUGGGCAGUGACAGCUGAGAACGAGCCUUCUGCAGGGCUAUUUAGCGGGUACCCCUUCCAGUGCCUGGGCUUCACCCCUGAACACCAGCGAGACUUCAUCGCCCGUGACCUGGGUCCCACCCUCGCCAACAGUACACACCGCAAUGUCCGACUGCUCAUGCUAGAUGACCAACGCUUGCUGCUGCCCCACUGGGCCCAGGUGGUGCUGGCAGACCCAGAGGCAGCUAAGUAUGUUCAUGGCAUCGCUGUACAUUGGUACCUGGACUUUCUGGCUCCAGCAAAAGCCACCCUGGGGGAGACACAUCGCCUGUUCCCCGACACCAUGCUCUUUGCCUCAGAGGCCUGUGUGGGCUCCAAGUUCUGGGAGCAGAGCGUGCGGCUGGGCUCCUGGGAUCGAGGGGUGCAGUACAGCCACAGCAUCAUCACGAACCUCCUCUACCAUGUGGUCGGCUGGACUGACUGGAACCUCGCCCUAAACCCUGAGGGGGGACCCAAUUGGGUGCGCAACUUUGUCGACAGCCCCAUCAUCGUGGACAUCGCCAAGGACACAUUUUACAAACAGCCCAUGUUUUACCACCUUGGCCACUUCAGCAAGUUCAUUCCUGAGGGCUCCCAGAGAGUGGGGCUGGUUGCCAGUGAGAAGAAUGACUUGGACACAGUGGCACUGAUACAUCCCGAUGGCUCUGCAGUUGUGGUCGUGCUAAACCGCUCCUCUAAGGAUGUGCCUCUUACCAUCAAGGACCCUGCGGUGGGCUUCGUGGAAACUAUCUCACCUGGCUACUCCAUUCACACCUACCUGUGGCGUCGCCAGUGAUGGAACAGAUACCCAAGCAGGCGCCUAGGCUCAGCAUGGACAUCAAAGGGAUAGAGUCAGCUCACAUGCUGUCUGUGGCUACAGAGGGUACAGCAGGACUGGGGGGGAGCUUAAGUGACGUAAGCCCAGAGGCAGUGGUUUGGGUGACUCACUCUCCCCUCUAGUUGGUGCCAGGGGCUGAAGGCCCCUAGGGAAAGGACCGGGAGGCCCCAGUGGUCCUCCACCCCCAUGCUUGUGUGAGUGUGUGCUGUGUGCUGGUUGCCUGUGGAAACUGGGCCCAGGCCCAGGGUGAGCUCACUGUCUGUACAAACACAGGGGUGGGGGGUGGAUGGCAAGAGAGGUUAAGGAAAGGAAGAGACUAGGAAAGCUGAACCCAAAACUGGGAAGUGCUUGUCUUUCUUGGAGAUGCAGAACCAGGCCCAUGCAGAUGUCAGCACCAGGGCACAGGCAGCGAAAGAAGCCAAGCACCAGUGGGUAGACUCAAGCACCCAGAUGGCCCCCUUGGUCCAGCGAGGAAAAAUGGCAGCCUCUUAAAGGAGAGAAUGUCUGAUCCCA